AUGUCAUUCCCUAUGCUAGGGCAUUACUCGCAUGGGACUGCACAUUCCUUUCUGGGUGCUGUCGAGGGGGCUGAAUUCAUGCGCACAUGGAGACUUCCUACUCCAACAAAGAUCGUGGAUAAGCUGAAAUCAACUCUGUUGGGUGAAAUGGCCAGUGCAGAAUGGGAGCUGCUGGAAGGCGAUUGGGACGACGCAAGUCAGGAACCGAGGGAAUCAAUGCUCAUUCAACAUCCAUCCACUGAUUCUACCUCACCGGAGCGACAGGGUAAUACUAAUAGCGGGAAUAGCGUAAAUGAUACAGUUGCCGGCGCGAGCAACCUCAGUGGACCUCGUGGACCCACUCGUAUGAAGGGUACCAGUGGCUGGACCAAGCUGAGAAGCAGGUAG